AUGAACGCCUUCCCAGUGUUCUUCUUCAUAUUAAUUUCUACUUUGAUUCCGCCUGUGGCGUCUGGAACAGUAAAACGAGCAGUCCAUUCAUCCGGAUGUCCGAAGAACGCUGAAUACAAAGAGUGUACCAACAUCUGCCCGGAUAAAAGUUGCCAAAAUUAUCUGAUGGUAUCAACUUGUUUCUCUCUCCGUUGUGGACCACCAGCCUGUAUUUGUAAGGAGGGACACGUUUACUUGGAUGGAGAAGACAAGAAUCAAGGAUGUGUGAGAAGAGAAACAUGCAAUAGAUUGAACAAAAUUCGUAAUCAACCUGUUCCAUAA